AUGGGUUGUGGGGGAAGCAGAACCGACGCCCUGGAGCCUCGCUACCUGGAGAGCUGGACCAAAGAGACGGAGUCCACGUGGCUGAACAGCACGGACACGGACAUCCCGCUCUCGUCCAUCCAGAGCAUCCCGUCGGAGAACUCCUCGGACGCGAGCUUCGCCCCGGAGAAAACGGCUAACAUGGACUUCUUUGAUGACAGUCUGCCGGCCCCUGCCCAGGCCUACCUGAAGGUGUGCUCUGCCAUAUCAGAGGUGGCCCUGGUGGACACCAAAGCAGGGGUCAACCCUGGGUCAGCCCUCCCUCCCCAUGAGCCAGUGGCCUCCCCUGGCGCCACCACUGUCCAGAAGAGGAGUGUUUUACGCACAGAGGAGAUAACCAAAUGGCAAGACAACAAGAUGUCAACCAAACAGGUGACCAUCACUGUGACCCAAAGCAUCCGCCAGGUGGACAAGAGCGGCAAGAUCAAGGAGAAAUCGCACACCACGUACGAGGUAAUGACCCCUGUGGAGACUCUCAAGGACGCGGCGGCAGACUCCACCGUGAAAUAAGCGUCCAGAGAAGGUUGUUUGUCGAAGAGCUUUGACGAGAAGCAAGCCGGUCUGACUCACUCAUGGCUGACCGAUGGAUGACGAACUUAAGUGCUGUGUGUGUGCUGGUGGGCAGAUGGGGACCAAACAAAAAGGAUAGAGACGGCACUUAAUAAUCUCUCUCUCACGCUUCUAUCUUAGGAAAUUGAAAAAGGGCCCUGUAGUGGUUUUGAAUGUGCGGGGAUUUGUUUAUUUUUUCCUUUUGUUUUGUUCUUGACGUCAGCCAUUUUAAUGGUUCACUGUGCGAAAAAGAGAUACUUGAAAAAGGCGUUGUUGUACUACAAAAAAAAAAAAAACAUUGUGCGAAUCAUCACUGGUUAUGAUUAGCUUCAACGUGACUGGGGAGGUAAGACUGCUCCAAAUGCUGCCCACCCUUACUGGCACAAUUCCGGACAAAUUCUGGAUUUUUUUGAUUUUGAUAUUGGAAGGAUGACAAUCAAGUCAUGUGGAUUGUGAACAUGAUCAAGCCUUUAGAUGCCUCAAGACCCUGGUGAAGUCCAAUCAUGUGGAUAUGUUUAUGACGCUGAAGCGCAGAUUGCUAGUAAUAGGUUUUAACAGCCAUUUUGUAUUAUGUGAAUUUAGUAUACAUAAAAAAAAACAAUCGCUGAAG